AUGGAAAUCCUGUUUUGUUGUUGCAAAUGUUGCUGUGCAAAUACUUAUGGUGAAAGAAAUGGAUCUGUAGGAAUAUUUAUUUGUCUAUAUUGCUGCUAUCAAGGCUAUAGAGAAAACAUUUCUGGUCGCAAGAGAAGGACUUAUAGAUAUUUGAACAUAGUUCUUAUAUUAAUGUUGUCAAUAGUAGCAAUCAUAUUGGCAGCUAUUAUAUAAAGUACAAAUUCAGCUUCUACUUCUUAAAUGAAAAAUAUACUGGAAAAUUGGUAACAAGGAGUCUUACUUGAAAUUCAAUUAUCUACAUCAUGUCCAACAAAUUAUGAAAUAAUAAGUAUUUAUGAACUACCACUGUCAUUACAGGUCUAUAUUUGA